CACAGCCCGCGUGCCUCCAGCUUUCUUCCCUGAGCGUUCCUGCCCCGUGUUUCCCCGCAGUCCCCACCCAGCGGAGGGCCGCUGCAGGUCAGGGAAAGCAGGACGCCGGGGAACUCAGAGGCAGAGGCAGAGGGGCGCCGGGGCAGGGUCCCUGACGCCAGGGCGGCAGGUCCCCCCUCCGCCCCCCCCCCCCCCCCCCCGCUCCUGGAGGGCGAGGUGGUCGAGGGGACUUUCAGGGCACUCAGUCAAGCUAUGGGCGCCGUCUGGGGUUCCGGGGGCCCCUUAAGGCUCCAGCUACUUGGCGCGGGCAUUGCAAGGGACUCCGUUCGCCGUGCAGCCUGGAAGCCGGCGGGACUGAGAAACAGCUCCAGCCCGGUGUGGUUCGCACCCUAGGAGUAAGGGCCCGGGUGCGAGAGGGAUGCUUCUGUCCCGGAGAGCGGGGGCGGGCAGCGGGCGCUCAGGGCCCGGUUCCACCAUCGGACGCCCGCUUCGGCGCUGCCUCCCGGCCGAGUGGGCUCGCCCGCGCUGACUGCCCGGAGGGGGCCUCGCCCUGGACCCUCCCCGCCUCCUGGGCGUGGGGCUGGGGAUGUGGAGACUGGAGGACACCUGCAGCCGCCCCGGCUCCUUCCGACUGCACCGGCGCCCCAGCGGGAACCCCGUCUCGUUAUGGGCCACAACGGCAGCUGGGUGCCCCGGAACGCCAGCGCCCGGAGCACGCUCGGGGAGCCCGGCGAGGCGCAGCUGUACCGCCAGUUCACCACCGCCGUGCAGGUCGUCAUCUUCAUCGGCUCACUGCUCGGAAACUUCAUGGUGUUAUGGUCUACUUGCUGCACAACUGUGUUCAAAUCAGUCACCAACAGGUUCAUCAAGAACCUUGCCUGCUCCGGGAUCUGUGCCAGCCUGGUCUGUGUGCCCUUCGACAUAAUCCUUAGCGCCAAUCCUCACUGCUGCUGGUGGAUCUACACCAUGCUCUUCUGCAAAAUCAUCAAGUUCUUGCACAAAGUCUUCUGCUCCGUGACCAUCCUCAGCUUCCCUGCAAUUGCCUUGGACAGGUACUACUCUGUCCUCUACCCACUGGAGAGGAAGCUAUCUGAUGCCAAGUCCCGGGAACUGGUGAUGUACAUCUGGCUCCACGCAGUGGUGGCCAGCAUCCCGGUGUUUGCCGUGACCAACAUGACUGACAUCUAUGCCAUGUCCACCUGCAAUGAGGUCUGGAGCAACUCCCUGGGCCACCUGGUCUAUGUCCUGGUCUACAACAUCACUACGCUCAUCGUGCCUGUGGCCAUCGUCUUCCUCUUCCUAAUCCUCAUCCGCAGGGCCCUGAGUGCCAGCCAGAAGAAGAAGGUCAUCAUCGCAGCACUGCGCACCCCACAGAACACCAUCUCCAUCCCCUAUGCCUCCCAGCGGGAGGCCGAGCUGCACGCCAUGCUGCUGUCCAUGGUGACUGUCUUCAUCCUGUGCAGUGUGCCCUAUGCCACCCUGGUGAUCUACCAGACUGUGCUCAAUGUCUCAGACACUUCCAUCUUCUUGCUGCUCACUGCCAUUUGGCUGCCCAAAGUCUCCCUGCUGGCCAAUCCUGUGCUCUUCCUCACCGUAAACAAAUCUGUCCGCAAGUGCUUGGUGGGGACCUUGGUGCAGCUCCAUCACCGCUAUAGCCGCCGCAACGUGGUGAGCAUCGGGCACGGCCUUGCUGAUGCCAGCCUGGAGCCCAGCGCCCGCUCAGGCAGCCAGCUCCUAGAGAUGUUCCACAUUGGACAGCAGCAGAUCUUCAAGCCUACAGAUGAUGAAGAGGAGAGUGAUGCCAAGGACCUGGGCUCCACCGACCUCCGGCCUAAGGGGAUCUUGCCUCUCUGCCUGCAGAGCCCACCGGGCACAGUGGACUCUGACUCUCAGCUUGCACUGUCCACCCCUGGGGAAGCAGAGGCAUUCCCUGACAGGUAUUCCAUGCACUUUGGCUUUGGGCCUUUUGAGCUGCCACCUCAGUGGCUCUCUGAGACCCGGAAUAGUAAGAAGCGGCUGCUGCCCCCCUUGGGGAACACCCCAGAAGAGUUGAUCCAGACAAAGAUGCCCAGGUCAGGCAGGGUGGAACGGAAGAUGAGCAGAAACAACAAAGUCAGCAUCUUUCCAAAGGUGGAUUCCUAACAAGGAUCAUAGAUCCCUGGAAGCUGCAAAGAGCUUCUGUAUUUCUGCCUGUCACCCUUCUCUUUACCUCCCCCCCCACCAACACACACGCAUUUUAACUCUGUGACUUGUAUAAUUUCAUUGCAGCCCAAUGUGAGUUGACUCCUCCUGGAUGGGCCAAGAGUUUUGAAUGAAAGGAAGACCUAUGUAAAGUCUAAUAUCCUGCAGCCAGGUGGUGGUGCACACAUGUUACCAUGCUCAAGGACCUGGGUUCAAGACUCCAAUAUCCACCUGCAGGGGCCAACCUCAUAAGUGCUGGAGCAGUACUGCAUGUGUCUCUGCCCUUUUUCUGUCUCUCUCCUUCUCUGUCUCUUGCCAUCUAUAAUAAUCACAUGUCCUCUUUAUCAAGGGAGUACAUAUUUAUAUUUCAGUGACCCAUGUGCUUAGUAAAGUCCAUAUUUUUCUCUGUGAAAAGAAAGCUGGACAGGGUGGAAUAGGCCAGGUUCUCUCUGCAGUUACUGGGGCCCCUCAGUUCCUCGAGCCUAGCAGAGAAUACAUGGACAGGAAGGAGUGAGUGAGCUCAAAGUGAGAAGGGACACUCCAAGGGAAGUCCAAGAACCUUAUGAAGUAGUGGUAUGGCCACUAAGAGAAUGUCAUAUGAUGGCUUUUAAUUUUUUUAUUGUCUAUAUUUAUUUAUUGGAUAGAGAUAGCCAGAAAUUGAGAGGGAAUGGAGGGAUAGAGAAUGGGAGAGAGGUAGAAAGACACCUGCAGCCCUGCUUCACCACUUGCAAAGCUUUCCCCCUGCAGGUGGGGACCAGGGGCUUGAACCUGAGUUGAGUGCACAUUAUAACAAGUGCACUCAACCUAGUGUGACACCACCUGGUCCCAUUUUUUUUUUUAAUUUCAGCAAGACCACAGCUCAGUUCUGAUUUAUGACUGUGUCAGGAUUGGACCUGGAACUUUGGACCCUCAGACAUAAGUCAUUUGCAUAACCAUUAUGCAAGUUCCCCAAUCCAAUAUGAACUUACAUUGGAGAAACACUUGUCUUUUAAAAAUUGU